AUGAUGGAAACGAGCAUGGGAAAAAUUUGCUUGGAGUUGUAUUGGGAUCAUGCGCCGAAGACCUGUCGGAACUUCAGCGAACUGGCUCGUCGAGGGUACUACAAUGGAACGAUUUUUCACAGAAUAAUUGCUGAUUUUAUGGUUCAAGGAGGUGAUCCGACGGGAACAGGUAGAGGUGGGGCUUCGAUAUAUGGCGAUCGUUUUGCGGACGAGAUCUCGGAGAAGCUCAAGCAUACUGGUGCUGGUAUUCUAUCGAUGGCAAACGCAGGUCCAAACACGAACGGAUCCCAGUUCUUCAUCACUCUGGCUCCUACCCAACACCUCGAUGGCAAGCACACUAUUUUCGGACGGGUUGCAGCGGGGAUGAAGGUCGUCCAGAAUAUGGGAAAAGUCGAUACUGACAAUCAAGACCGCCCUCGAGCAGAAGUUCGAAUAAUAAAAGCGUAUCCUAGUGAUGAUUCAAGGUCGUCCAGAAUAUGGGAAAAGUCGAUACUGACAAUCAAGACCGCCCUCGAGCAGAAGUUCGAAUAA